AGUAGUAGAUUUAAGUUAAAAUUCAUGGAAUUUCCUGUUUUAAAGGAAAAUAAAAACAAUAAAAUCCAACAGAAAGUGCCAUCAGAAACGCGCCUCUGACGUCAAUGUCAUUUGUCCCAAACAAUUUCAUUGGCUACUGCUCGUCACUGGAUCAUCUAAUUGGUCCGUGAAUAAUACGCGCACAUAUCCUCAUAGGUAAUAGCAUAUCUCAACCAAACAAUACUAUGAAAGAAUUUCUUUUUUUGUUUGCCAUUUAUCUUUGAUUUUCUAUAUUAGCUAAAUAAAUAAAUACGGGCACAUCCAUAUAUAUAUACACAGAUUAUAUGCAUGUGUGAGUGUGUGUAUAUAUAUAUAGUUGAAAUCUGUCAAAAUUGAUCAAUUUCCAGAUAAUUCAGAGGCUUUGCUAAAUUUGGGUUGUUAGGGAUUUCUGCUAAAUUUUGUUUGCGUAAAGGGGAGUUUUUUGGGGGGGAAAAUGGCACAAGCUGUGGAAGAAUGGUAUAAGCAGAUGCCGAUUAUCACCCGUUCCUAUCUCACUGCAGCGAUUAUUACCUCCAUCGGUUGUUCUCUUGAGAUUAUAUCUCCUUCUAACUUGUACCUGAUCCCCAAGUUAGUGGUGAAGCAAUACCAGGUGUGGCGCCUGGUUACGAAUUUCCUCUACUUUCGGAAGAUGGACUUGGACUUUCUGUUUCACAUGUUUUUCCUAGCUCGGUACUGCAAGCUUCUAGAAGAGAACUCCUUCAGGGGAAGGACUGCUGAUUUCUUCUACAUGCUCUUGUUUGGUGCCACUGUUUUAACAGGAAUUGUUCUUGUCGGGGGGAUGAUUCCGUAUGUCUCUCAGUCAUUUGCAAAGAUCUUAUUACUGAGCAAUUCACUGACGUUUAUGAUGGUUUAUGUAUGGAGUAAGCAAAAUCCGUUUAUCCACAUGAGCUUUUUGGGUCUCUUUACUUUCACAGCAGCUUACCUCCCAUGGGUUCUUUUGGGCUUCUCUGUUCUUGUUGGGGCCAGUGCUUGGGUUGAUCUACUGGGAAUGAUUGCAGGCCAUGCUUAUUAUUUCCUAGAAGACGUCUAUCCAAGAAUGACUGGCCGUAGACCCUUGAGAACACCUCCAGUUAUCAAAGCAUUGUUUGCUGAUGAGCCAGUAGUGGUGGCUCGCCCUGCUAAUGUUCGCUUCGCUGCUCCUCCUGUUGAUGAAGUUCCUCAAAAUCAAUGAGAGAAAUUUAUAAGUAAUACCAGUGGCACUGGCCUCAGUUUCUGUAAAUUGACAUAGAUAUUUGGUUGGGGGGGAAUCAAGGUUGGUUUUCUUGAUGAUUGAUUGUGCUAGUUACUAUCCGUCUUUAUUCCUUGUCAAAUUGUUGGCGUGUUGCUUAUACUAGGCAACUAGGGUUUGAAGAUGCAUUUUGUAAGUUAGACUUGGAUUGGAGAAUUGCUGGCUGGUAGAGGAAAUUUGCUAUCUAACAGAAAUUCAUUUGUUAGAGUAUACACAUGAAUGGAGUGUUCGUCCUCCUUUCAAGUCUCAGAAAUCAAUUGUUUGGUGUUGUUUUUCCA